AUGGACCUUCUUCCUGACUGCUUUGAAGCUGAAGAGAGAUCUAUGUAUGAAACUCCAGAGGUGCUGCAUUUGGUUUCAGGCCGUGAUCUUUUUGGGAUGGUCUGCCUGGUCAAUAUAGUUCCAGAGUUAUCAUCUUACAGCAAUAAGAAAUUAAGUUAUACCACAUCUGCGGGUUUGGGGAUUUGUCAACCUGUUCAGGACUUGAGCAUCUGCAUGAAUUCUGGUGGUGUUGAUGAUGCUGGAAAUGCUCAUGUGCGAACCUGGGAUGUUACAGAUGAAACAUCAGAUGCAUAUAAAGAUUUAGAAUUGCAUAUAUCUGGGAGGGUGGUUGCUACGGCCACCAGAGCCCCUCCAAAAAGCUACUCUGAUGGGAUGCAGAAUGAAGAGUCUGAUCACAUUCGUGUAUUUCUGAGCUCUAAUGAAAAUCCUGUCCAUACCAGCGAAGGGUUUACUGAAGAUUCUUUUUCAGGUGCUGCCGUUGGAUCAAGAAUUCUAUUGGGAACUAUAACCGGAUUAGGGACUAGCUCAGAAGAAGGGUCUUGCCUUGUCUACAAUAGCAGUGGUACCAAAACCCAUGUGAUUAUGAAGCAUAGAACAUUGCUGGUGAAACACAUGUUUUGGUAUGAAUUGGGAGAAAAGGUUUCUGUUUGUGAGUGUAGAUGCAGUAGAGCCCGGUUACCACCAAGCAAAUUUUGGCUGUUUGAGCCUCGCUGUGGCAUGCAUGAUAUAGGUGGUUGGUAUAUUGAAACAUUUGGCAGAGAUAAGAAAGGCCGGAUGUUGCCAUCACAACGGUAUUGGGAUGGCUUUGAUGCGGGCAAACAAUUUGAACAGAGACUCCAUCCUGCAAUGUAUCUUCUUGCUCUUGCAUAUAGAACUUUGGAUCUUGAAGAUGCAAAAAGAAGGAAAAGUGUAUUCAGGGAUGUUGUUGACAAACGGAUUUUUAAAUUUCUCAAUUGGUGCAAAAGACUUGUUUAGGACGUACACUAGUUGGGGAACUACACGCCAUGGGUUCUACAGCUCUCUUGCAUGGUAAAUGCCUCUUUUCUGAGAUCCAAGGAUUCAUCGUUGAUUUUGCUUGCUCUAAUCAGUGUGUCAGAUUGCUUACACAUCUGCAAUUAGUGCAAAAGCAAUGGUCCUGUAUCCUGUUAUUAGUUUUCACCAUGAUGAUAGCAUACAGUCGAAGGUCAAUUGUCUAGCCUUUGCGGAACUUUUUUGGGAGAGAUAUCAUUUGGGGCUCUCAUACACUAUAAUUUGGUGUAGCAAUUAGCAUUCAUGAUCACAAAUGGCUCUUGGCAUCUUUUUGAAGUACGGCUAUUUAGACUUUAGAGCUUGCAAUCGGUGCUACAAACUUGUUUGUAAGGGAUAUUGCUUGUGGCUUCACACUAAUUUGGCUGAGCUAUGUGCCGUGGUAGAAUGCUUGAUUUCUGACUUCAGAGGCUCUGUUGUUGAUUUCAUGCAAACCCCACUAAUCAAGGUUGUUUGGAUACCAAGUAUGGCUGGCAGUGAUUGGUGUUGAAGAAGAUGACCUUUCAUCCUGCUAUCAAGACUUGUAAAGAUUAUCAUUUGGAUAUUUAGGACUGUCUAGUUGUUCCUGCAGCUGUUGUCCGGAAGCUGUUCUCAGGAGUUUCUGUUUAGGCAUGGAGAGUGUGCAUUAUCUCAACUUCAUCAGUCUUGAGAUUGAAGACUUAUAUCUUCUUUUUCAGGAAGUUCAUUUGGCUAAAAGUGUUGAGGUGGUAGUAGAUAAUGCGGAAGCGAAUCAAUGGUAUUUUGAUGUGUCUCACGUAGCUAUGAUAUAUAUGUAUAUUCCUGGUUUUUAAUUUUACAUGGUUCCACAUGUUUAUCAUAUAUAGUUACUAUCUUCUUUGAAAAGUUGGUAAUUUUUCCUCUUCCAUUAAUUGCAUAAUGUACAGCAAAGUAGUAAAUCAGACAUGAUAUGCUCAAUUUUUGACACAUCACCUUAUAUAUGCGUGUGGGUUCUACAUCACUUCAUUCUUUCAUGCUUUUAUCUCGGAUUUUCUAAUAAUUUGUUCUCCUAAUACAAUGAGAUAGAACCUUACAUUUUUGCCGUUUAAGUGUACAAAUUACAGAGCAUAGUUGUAGAGAAAAUUCUAUUUGUCAAAUGCUUUUACAGAAUUUGUUUUAUAAAAUUAGGUGGUGACUAAGAUGGCAUGCCACCAUAUCACACUACCCCCUCCCUCCCCCCAUGUAUUUGCCAGUGCUAGUGGAUUUUCCUUAAUGGAUAUUGCAUUGCCUUGCCGGCCACUACUUUAGUUUGUAAAACAAUUUUGUAUAUUAUGAUAUGAAGAAUUAUUCUUUUCCUUUGUCUUUUGCCCAUCACUUAAGUAGAUCCUCCCAUUUGCAGUACUGCCCACCAGCUAAUGCACGAUAAAACCUAUCUCUGCAGUAGACUGGUCUUCCAUCAGCAGCCUCAGCAGCGGCUGCUGCUAGAUCAUCAUCAGACCUCACGUCCGUAGGCAAUUUUAGCAACUCCUCUUUUCUGCAAGAUUAAGUAACAUUGGAGAACAAAGUAGAAAAAAACUUAUAUGUAAAUAAUUGAUCAGAGGGUUGCAAUCUCUAUUUAUCUAUAAAACCUUAUGUUGAACUUUGUGCUGAUCUUUGAGGCGGAAACAUUUGAUGAGUUAUCUUUUAUGCCAAAUGUGGUGUGAAUGAAAUCCUCCACCGGUGUAGCAAAGAUAAACAGCAACACUCCUGUGACAAGUAAUGCCCCUGUUCCAACUAGAGUCUGUUUCAGCAAUUUGAUGACGGGUUUAACCUGCUUGCAUAAAUUUUCAAUUUUUCAUAUGAAUCUCAUAAUUCUAAGGAUGAAGUUUAUACAUGGCAGCUCACAUCUUUUGUAGUGCCUUGAAAACUAAGGUGUGUGCAUCUGUGCAUUUUGUUUUUCUUCCACCUCAAAAUAACUUUGUUUAGCAUGCACGCAUCCUUCUCUGGGAUGUAUAUUGAUAGUUGGCAUGCAUUUCAAGUUCCAGUUGCUAGUACCUUGUAAGAGCCCAAUAGUCUAUCACGAGCCAAGACCUACAGGAAAAAUUUUAGGUGUCAGUUUUCAGUGGUGAAACCUUACGCAUAGAUGAUUCCUGCAUUAAUCUGUAUGGGUAAUAGAGGGAAGACGAAGGUUGAUCUCAUGCCCUCCUUCUGUACCAUAUUCAUUCUGACUGUUCACUCAUCCGGACAACUCCAAAAAUAAGCUGAUCUUGAUUUAUGCAUGGUAGCAAAACUCUUAACUAUGGGAAACUCCUAUUUGUUUUUUCUGAGUCUCAAAUUAUGAUCAGAUUCACUUCGGUAUGCUGCUAUCAUUUAUUCAGUGGUUGGCCACAAGAUAAAAUGGUCUGCCAUAGCAAUGGGAUAACAAGAAUUGUGACAAGACAGGUAUUGUGGAAAUACUUAUUUUAGUAUAAGUACUCUCUUUUACUUGACGUUUAUUUCUCUUAGUAAUCAAAUGAUGAAAUUCAUUAGGAUCAUCAUGCUUUGUCGAUAUCUGCCUAAAUUAUGGGUUGCCACAGGCCUAGAUGGUUUUACAUGUUUCUUUCUUUCUGUUCAAAUUGGAUGUGUUUUUACCUUCAUGGAUUCUUCUCUUUUCAUUCUCAUUAUGUAGGACACGGACCCUGAUUUUUUUAUUUGUUUAAAUUUCUGAGUGUACCAGUUUUAGAUACAUUCAGAUUUUCACCUUCUCUGAUAACCAUACUUGGUUAAUAUCUCAUAGAUUAUUCUCCAUGACAUGCAUUUGCACAUAUACACCACACACAUAAACACCGUCGACUAUCAGAAACCUUGUUUCAGUAUUAAGCUCUAAUGAUAUGCCACAAAUUCGUGUCCACAGCGUAAUCAUAAUUUCGAGGUUUUGAUGUAGAGAGGCAAUAUAUGCAUAAACAUCAAGCCUCAUGUGAUUAGUUAAUUCUUUUGAAUGAAUUUUAUCAUUUACUGAUUAUUCUACUUAGCCUGUUUCAGUUGAAUACUUGAAUAAGAUGUGAUUGAACUUGGAAGGCUAACUUGUCCAAGACGAUUUCAUCCUUGUUUCUUAUUAACUGAGAAAGGAUGAGGUUAAGGGUGCUAACCUCAGGUGGCUUUACCCACAUUUGUCCAUCAUACCAGCCACUCUCUUCGUAAGGUAUGACUGCUGAUAGUAGUCGAUCACCAACAUAACUCCAUCCCUGCAAUAGGAAUAAUAAUAUGGUUUACUUUCGUUAAAAAUUCUACAUCAAGCGGUGUAUCAAACAAAUAUCAUGCAUGAAAAUUGCUUUGAAGUCCCCAUUGCUAUUAUUUUUGGGAGUGCCGUGCAUUUGUUUCAUGGAAUCCUUACAUACUGGGGAACCUGUACAUUAAACAAGUAUGUUCUCUUGUAUUUGGGGACUGGAAACAAAUAAUAUAUAUUGUGACCAGUAGAAUUUAGUCCAUGGUUGUCAGUAUCAUAACAGACCAUGCAGUGGUUUUCUCAUAUAAUAUUGAAGUUUUGGCUAUGAGCUUUUGCUACUGCUCAAUGUCAAACUUCCACACAUGCACUCCAGUAGUGAUUAUAAGAUGAAGUAAGCUGAAAAUAGUACCAGAUAAAUUCUUAAGACGAUCAACGAUACAACAAAAAGAGUUCCAGUUCCAGCAGCUAGCGCAAAUUUUAGAGGAUCCUGCAAGGUUGGAACAACUGGAGUAAAGACAAAUGAAAUACCUCUUGCUGGUGCUGAUAUAUGCUUCUUGUUUAACUUUUUUAGUAAUAUGCCAGCGGAUCUGUGUGUGAUUUUGCUGACCGUUUGAGUAUAGUCUUAGACAUUUGGAAGCACGAGAUACAUUUUCUCUUCUAGUUUCUGAAAGAUAUGUUGGUCCCGAGACAUUAAUUAUUAUUAUUAUUUUCCGUACGCUACAACUCUAUAUAAAGUAUCUGGCCAUAUCCACAUAUUUUUUAUUUUGACUUUAAAACAUUCAAUAUCUUACCCUUGAUGGAUUAAAGCUUGCAGCUGCAAUAGGCACUCCUAGAGUUGUGAAAGUAACCAACCACAAACCUCCAAGACGAAGGAGGAAAGGCCCAGGUCCCAGUUCACCCCACGAGUAUAAAACUCCGUCCUUCAGAGAUGAGUACUCAUUCACCUAUUAUGAAACCAAAUAACUGUUUCUUCAAGAGGGGUAGUGAUUAUUACCAACUGGACCUAGCUAAAGACAACGGAUCCUGCUGAAUUCUCAUUCAAUGGAUAAGUUCAUCUAAUUUAUGUCGACCAUUGAAGAAAUGGGAUUGCUGCGGAAGGUACACAGAGAAAGUGAAAACAUACCGGCCUUUGUUCAUAAGGAACCUCGAUUUCUGACCCAGGAUCCCAACUCUGGCCACGGAAACCGCUUGUUUCCCCGCCUGCCUCGUCUUUCAAGGCUUUGACAGAAACCCCCUUGGGUAGCCUUCGAGCACUGCGGUAUUGGAUCAGCCAUGGCCUGGAGCUGCUACCAACCUUCACUAACUUGACCUGUGGAGGACUGUAAAGCGGAGAGCAAUAUACAUCUGCCCGGAGCAUCUAUUUCCCCAAGUUGAACUGAACCAAGCGCAGUUUAGGUGUACUCUGAAUUUCUCUGUUCAACUGGCUUGAAGUUGGGGAAAGAGAUGAGUGAGGUUUCAGCUCUUUAGUUAAAAGACAUGGCUGUGUUUUUUAAAGGACCAUGCAAAAUACGUGGAGGAAAACAACUGAUCAGAAUUAUUUUUGUAAUUUACUUGCAAGGAAAGGGUUUGUUUGGAGGGUGACCCAAGCCAGGUGGACAAAAUGUGUGAUAAUUAAGGACUUGUAUUUCAUGGGUGGGACCACUCAAUUGAACAUGUGUGCAAGCCUCUCCUUUGUGUGUGUACUUUUGGACCGUCUAUUAUGUAGGCUUGUAAUUUAGAUUAUCCAAAUGCCAGGGCCUUUGGAGAUUUA